AUGAAGUUUAAUAAAAAAAAUAUGGAAAAUCAGGAGAUAGAUAAUGUUGAUAUUAAUAUUCAAGAAAAAUCUCCAAGUGUUAAAACAGAAGAAUCAACACCAACAGUUCAAGUGACUAGAAAACGAGGAAGACCUCCUCUUGAUCCAUCAUUAAAAAAAUCAAGUAAACGAAAAUCUAUUUUAUCAACACCAAGAAGUGAUAAAGGGGAUGGUUUUGAUGGAACAAAUGAUGAAUCAGAUAAUGGGAAUAGUGAAAAUUUAAAACAAGAAUUUGAUAUUAUGGGUGGAUCUUCUAGUAAACGUGAAAGGAGGAAGACAAAACGUGCUGAAAGUCCAGAUAGUAUAUCAACAAAUGGAUUAAAAAAAAAACGAAGUACUGAAAAAAGAGAAAGAAAAGAAAAAGAAAGGGAGGAAAGAAAAUUAAAAGCAUUAAUUAAUGAAGAGGGAACAACUAAAUUAAGUACAGUUGUUGAAUCACCUCCUGUAAUAAAUAGAAAACCAAAUUAUAGGUCUUAUACACCAUUUCAAUUAUUUUGUAAUCAUAUAUUAAGGAAGUUAUCAGCAAAAGAUCCAGAAGAAUAUUUUGCAUAUCCUGUUUCAUCUGCUGAUGCACCUGAAUAUGAUAAAAUUAUAACUAAUCCAAUGGAUUUUCUUACAAUAAGAGGAAAAAUUGAAGAUGGUUUAUAUAAAACAGUACGUGACAUGGAGAACGAUGUUAAUUUAAUUUCUGAAAAUGCUAUGAUAUAUAAUGCACCAACAACAAUAUAUUAUUUUGCUGCUAUUAAACUUCAAGGAAUAGCAAAGUAUUAUUUUUCAGAAAAAUACCUAGAAUAUUUAAGAGUAUCUCUUCCAUUUGGAAGACAAGUUACCCACGAAGAAGCUGGUUUAAAACCACCUAAAGUUUAUCCUAUUAUACCACCUAGAGGACGAAGUUCCCAACAAUUAAGGCAUUUUAUUUUUGAUGAUGAUGGAAAGAAAUUUAGUGAUUUGUCAAAUGGUAAUACAAAAUUAACGACAGAAGUUCCAAAAUUAAAAGGAAAAUUAGCUUUUUUGGAUAAUAAGAAUGGUGCAACAGUUUUAAAUGUUUUAAGUGAUGAACAUGUAGGAAGAACUAGUUAUACGAUUGGUGAUUUAGUAGGAAAAUUAGAAAGGGGUACACCUGGUUUAUUAACAAAUUAUGAACCAAUAGCUUUAGCUAAAACACCCAUUGGUUACUUUGAUUAUGGUCCAUUUACAACAUUUGCACCACAAUAUGAUUCAACAUGGGCUUCAAUGACAAAAAAAGAUUCAGAUAUGUUUUAUAAUUGUUAUGGUAGUCGUGAAAAUACAGGUUUGGCUUUUCAAAUGAUGAACACAAUUAAAGAUUGUGAUGAGUCAUAUAUUAAAAUAGUUAAUGAAUUAUUAGAUGAAAUUACAAAUGGUGAACAUUCAAAAACCAUGGAAGAAUUUAAGACAAAAGAUGAUUCAGAUUCAGAUGAUGAAGAGGUAUCAAAAUAUGAUUUAUAUAAAGAUGUGCCAGAUGACAAAUUAAUAGAUAAUAUACUAACACUUGAAAAUAUUGGCGUAGAUUGUGGAAUAAUUAAAGAAAUUAAAGAUCUCAUAGGAGUGAAGACAUAUCAACAGUUUACAACUCUUGAAGAAUUGCAAAGGCAAGGAAAUGUACAUUUGAAUGAUUUAAAUUAUUUACAAAAUCAAAGAUUAUCCAUGAGACCACCUGUUACCUUAUCGCAUGGUAUUCAAGCAUCUCAAGCUGAAAUAAAUUUGGCUGAAAAAGUUGUUGAUAAUCUUCAUACUCAAAUUUCUGAUUAUGCAAAACCUCAAGAUUUAGUACAACCGCAAGUUAUCCAUAAUGCUCUUUCUAUUGAUGAUGGUGAUGGAAUGGAUAUAUUAAAUGAAUUUUUUGAUUUAUAA